AUGGAUACCGAGAUUCUCAAGUCAACAGCCGGAAACGAGGCGACGCCGGUGGUGGGAGCUUCUAAGAAUGCCUACGUGACGUUCUUGGCCGGCGCCGGCGACUAUGUGAAAGGCGUCGUUGGAUUGGCCAAGGGUUUGAGGAAGGUCGGCGCUGCUUUCCCGCUUGUGGUGGCGCUCCUGGCCGAUGUGCCGGUGGAGCACCGCCGCAUCCUGGUGGAGCAGGGCUGUAUACUCCGUGAGAUCGAGCCGGCAUUCCCUUCUUCGGAUGCCGAUCAGAACCACACAUAUGUUAGGAAUUAUUUCCUUCUCAACUACUGCAAACUUCGCCUUUGGAAGUUUGUGGAGUAUGAGAGAAUGAUAUAUAUGGAUGCGGAUGUACAAGUGUUUGAUAACAUAGAUCACCUGUUUGAGCUUCCGAGUGGCUAUUUCUAUGGGGUGGUCGACUGCGUGUGUGAGAUGUCCGGCGAUGUCUGCCCACAGAAGCUCGGGUGGCCGCAGGAACUCGGCCCUCAGCCCCCUUUCUACCUCAAUGGCGGCAUGUUUGUUUUCGAGCCUGAUCUCAUCACCUAUCAUCAUCUCAUUCACACCCUCAGCCUCACCCCUCCCACCCCUUUCGCCGAGCAGGUGAUUUCUCCGGAGUACAACCUAUUGGUGGCAAUGUUGUGGCGGCAUCCAGAGGCUGUGGACGCGGAGAAGGCGAAGGUGGUUCACUACUGCAUGGAGGGGUCGAAGCCGUGGAGAUUCACCGGUGAGGAAGAGAAUAUGGACAGAGUAGACAUGAAGAUGUUGGUAAGCAAGUGGUGGGAUAUAUACAAUGAUGCCUCCUUGGAUUUCAAUGCCGCCGGCGAAGGUGGUGGUUCAUUAUAG